GUUAUCGGCACCCAAAACAAACCCUCCUCGUCUUUCAUUCUUUUUUCCAUCUUCUCUGCGGCUAGGGUUUUAGCUCAGUCUUCUCUUCACAAGAUGAAUGUAGAAAAGUUGCAAAAGAUGGCCGGUUCGGUCAGAACCGGUGGAAAGGGUACCAUGAGAAGAAAGAAGAAGGCCGUACACAAGACAACUACAACUGACGACAAAAGACUACAGAGCACCUUGAAAAGAAUAGGUGUCAAUGCCAUUCCUGCCAUUGAAGAAGUCAACAUUUUCAAGGAGGAUGUUGUUAUCCAAUUCGUUAACCCCAAAGUUCAAGCAUCAAUUGCUGCAAACACAUGGGUUGUUAGUGGUACUCCCCAGACAAAGAAAUUGCAGGAUAUUCUUCCUCAGAUCAUUCACCAGUUGGGCCCUGAUAAUUUGGAGAAUUUGAAGAAGUUGGCCGAGCAGUUCCAGAAGCAGGCACCUGGUGCUGCCGAUGCAGCUGCAGCACAGGAAGACGAUGAUGAUGUACCAGAACUUGUGGCUGGUGAAACUUUUGAAGCUGCUGCCGAGGAGAACCACACUUCUUGAAGUUUUUGUUGAAUUCCCUUACUUUCCAAUGUUCUGAAAUCAGAUUUUACCUUAGCUUUUGAGUGUUCUAUUUCAUGUCUAUUGUGACCACAUCUCAAAAGAAUUCUUAAAUGCUUUUAAUAGUAAGCUAUUUUCCCCUUCAAAGACUUAUCUUCUAUUUUAGCAAUGCCUAUUCUUCAA